AUGACCGACACGGCCUUCUUGGCGAACAGAAGCUCAAGAGAUACCUCAGAUAUAUCGGAAACUAGCUCAACUCUCAGGCAAAUUCAAAAGCCAAACCAGCACGGCCUGCUCGGCGAACAGAAGCUCAAGAGAUACCUUAGAUAUAUGGGAAGGCGGCUCAAGUCUUGGGCGAAUUCAGUUGAUCAAACUGGUCCAGAGAUCUGGGAACAAGACUUGAUGCUCUCGACGGCUGUCGUAUCUGAGACGGUCCAGAUCUAUGGCCUGGUCUUGACCCCGCCGGAGAGGCUGGGCGAUCUGAUCAACUGGGAAUAA